AUGGACGCCUCAAUGAUUACCAAUUGCAAAUCCUUCGCCUCCCCUCCCUCUUUAUUCCUGGGGAGGUCAGGAGGAAUAAAAAGUUCACAAAGUAAUGUCAUGAUGGGAAACGGAGUGGUUAGCUUCCCUAAGCAAAGAACUCAGACUCUGAAAGUUAGCCGGAAAGUGAAGAGGGCUAGUGGUGGUGGCGGCGCACUUGGAGCUACAUGUAGCGGUGAUAAAAUUCUUGUGGCUAACAGAGGUGAAAUUGCCGUCCGUAUCAUCCGAACCGCGCAUGAGAUGGGGAUUCCUUGUGUUGCUGUUUACUCAACUAUAGACAAGGAUGCUCUCCAUGUGAAACUGGCUGAUGAAGCCGUUUGUAUUGGUGAAGCUCCGAGCAACCAGUCGUACUUGUUGAUACCGAAUGUUCUGUCAGCUGCAAUUAGCCGAGGAUGUACAAUGCUUCAUCCUGGAUAUGGAUUCCUUGCGGAGAACGCUCUUUUUGUAGAGAUGUGCAGAGACCACAGGAUCAAUUUUAUUGGACCAAAUCCUGAUAGCAUCCGUGUCAUGGGUGACAAAGCAACUGCCAGAGAGACGAUGAAAAAUGCAGGUGUCCCAACUGUACCAGGGAGUGAUGGACUGUUGCAGAGCACUGAAGAAGGAGUCAGGCUUGCCAAUGAGAUUGGGUACCCUGUAAUGAUUAAGGCAACAGCUGGUGGUGGUGGACGUGGAAUGCGGCUUGCUAAUGAACCGUCAGAGUUUGUAAAAUUGCUGCAGCAAGCAAAGAGUGAGGCUGCUGCUGCUUUUGGGAAUGAUGGAUGUUAUCUGGAGAAGUAUGUGCAAAAUCCCCGGCAUAUUGAGUUCCAGAUUCUUGCAGAUAAAUUUGGUAAUGUUGUCCACUUUGGCGAGCGUGACUGCAGCAUCCAGAGACGUAACCAAAAGUUGCUAGAAGAAGCACCUUCUCCUGCACUGACCCCUGAGCUGAGGAAAGCCAUGGGUGAUGCAGCAGUUGCAGCAGCAGCGUCGAUUGGGUACAUUGGUGUUGGCACUGUUGAAUUUCUUUUGGAUGAGAGAGGUUCCUUCUAUUUCAUGGAAAUGAAUACUAGAAUCCAGGUGGAGCAUCCUGUGACGGAGAUGAUUUACUCCGUUGAUUUGAUUGAAGAACAGAUUCGUGUUGCAAUGGGAGAGAAACUGCGUUAUAAGCAGGAGGAAAUUGUGCUUAGAGGACACUCGAUUGAAUGUCGUAUCAAUGCAGAAGACCCAUUUAAAGGAUUUAGACCUGGGCCUGGAAGAAUAACAUCAUAUCUGCCUUCUGGAGGUCCUUUUGUUAGAAUGGACAGCCAUGUAUAUCCCGACUAUGUCGUUCCUCCAAGCUAUGAUUCUCUUCUUGGAAAGCUUAUUGUAUGGGCUCCAACGAGGGAAAAGGCAAUCGAUCGGAUGAAACGUGCACUUAAUGACACUAUUAUUACAGGGGUUCCCACAACCAUUGAGUACCACAAACUUAUCCUUGAUGUUGAGGAUUUCAAGAACGGAAAAGUUGAUACAGCUUUCAUCGUGAAGCAUGAAGAGGAAUUAGCAGAGCCUAUGGAAAUUGUCCAGGUGAAAGAUUUGACAAAUAUAGCUGCUUAG